UCAUACCUGUAUUUUGUUUGUUUUGCAAUGCAACAAAAUUUGCUUGCUUGCAUGCAGUGUGUAUGCAGUCAUGUGUUGAUUGAGAGGUUGUUUAUGUAUGCAAAGUUUUGAAUGCAUAAUGCAUUUUUGUAUCACAAAUUGCAAUAUGUAUGUUAACUAAAGUUUUCCAGACAAUAAUAAUUGUAGAAUGAAUAAUUAUUCCAAAAUAAAAUUGUAUAUAGCAUCUGCAGGCAUCUUGUUGGGUUGUGCCGGUACAACAUAUUUAUUUUGGAGAUAUAAGCGGCGACUGCGUGAUGCUGCAGAUGCUUUUAAUUAUUUAACUAUAAAAACUGUAUGUAGUGAGAAUGAGUGUAAAGAAGUUAUUGAAGAAUUGCAAAGGAGAUGCAGCACCUUUAGAUCUAUUGGUUUUGACUGUGAAUGGGUAUCUGACCAUGGCUCCAGAAGGCCUGUGGCCCUGGUCCAGUUGUCCUCAUAUGAUGGCUACUGCGGUCUUUUCCGACUCAGUAAAUUGGCAACUGUACCUUCAUCGUUGAAGGAACUGCUAGAAGACAAGCAUAUAUACAAAGUCGGUGUCAGUCCAAUGGACGAUGCGAAAUAUCUAUUUCAGGACUAUAAUGUGGCUCUGAAGUCAACUUUAGAUAUCCGCCACAUUGCCCACCUUUGUGGACAGCAUCCGGGAGGACUGGCUGCAAUGGCUAAGGCCACACUGCAAGUUAUUAUGGAUAAAAGUUGGAGGAUUCGUUGCAGCGACUGGGAGGCAGACGAACUCACAGACAGACAAACAAAAUAUGCAUCAGUCGAUGCCCACAUAGCCAUAAAGAUGUUUGUUAACUUUAUCAACAUGUUGGACCGGAGUCCGUGGUCAUUUAUGUUCAGAAACAGGACUGUUGUGUGGAACCAGUUGGAUAAGAUUUGUUGGGAAUAUGUCGAUGUGCAAUACAAGCAGAAGAAUAAUGUGAAAGCUAAAUGUGACGCGAAAACAGAGAACAAUCAAUUAACAGCGAAGAAGGAGGCGUCAUUGAGCAAGCGGUAUUCUAACGCGAUACGCAGCAAGCCUCUGUAUCACAACAGCUUCCUGCAGGCGCCCGACGGGGAGCUGCUGUGCUCCUGCGACAACAAGAAGGCCUUGUGGUACGUUGAGAAGGCAUUAGCGGACGUGGUGGUGGAGGAGCCGCUGACCGUGCGGCUGCGCUUCGAGCCGUCCGGCCGCUCCGUGGGCGACGUCGGCAAGUUCUACCAGCUGGUCAAGGAGAACAAGUGCGUGGUGUGCGGCGCCACCAACUCCUACAUCAGGAAGAACGUCGUGCCUAGGGAGUAUAGGAAGUGUUUCCCAGAGAUAAUGAAGGAGCACUCGUCCCACGAUGUGGUGCUGCUGUGCGCGCGCUGCCACCGGCGCAGCGACGCGCUCGACCAGCGCGCGCGCGCGGCGCUCGCGCAGCGCUGUCUCGCGCCGCUCGCGCGCUCCGACACUGCCAGAUACCUGGCGGAUGCCCAGGGGAAGAAGAUUCGCUACGCUGCGCGCGCGCUUCUCUAUCAAUCCAAGAAGCAUAACUUACCAGAAACGAGACGAAAAGAACUGGAACGAAUUGUUCUGGAGCAUUUCAACCAGGAGAUGAUCACUGAAGAGUUGCUACAAGAGGCGGCUGAAAUACCAGCUUUCAUCGAAAAUUCUUCAUACGAGUCUCACGGGCUGAAGGUGGUGGAAUGGUACCUGGAGCACGGCGGGGGGCUGUUGCGGCUGGAGGAGAUCUGGCGGGAACACUUCCUGGACACCAUGCGGCCCAAACACAUGCCCGAGCUGUGGUCCGUCAAGCAUAAUGAGGAAAGAUUGCGAGUUAAACUGAAGGAAGGGCGAUUAUCGGAAGAACAGUUGAAGUCCAUCGGCAUCUGUGCAUCAAGAUGGUUAUAAUAUAUUUUGAAAUCUAAUAAAAUAAUUAAUGAGUUAAAAAUAUUUUUUUUAUAUAUAUGUUGAAUGUGCUCAUGUUUAGUAAGAAAAACAAUUUUAUAAAAUACAUUGCUAAAACUGUUAACAUGACAUUUCUUUUUUAAUUUAAUUUCUUUUUUUUUAAAUAAAGUGAUAUCUCAAUAAGUGAAUAUAACGUAUAUUGAAAAAUC